AGAUGGAGCGAACAUGUGAUGAUAUAGAUGAAAUGUUCAGCAAUUUACUUGGGGAGAUGGACAUGCUGACCCAGAGUUUAGGAGUGGAGACUGUACAUCCUCCAUCUCCCAAAGCGUCCAACAAUGAAUUUAGCUUUACAGUUGGUUUUAAAGAUUUAAACGAAUCCCUAAGUGCCCUAGAGGACAAAGACCUGGAUGCUUUAAUGGCUGAUCUUGUAGCAGACAUAAAUGAUGUUGAACAGAGAACUUUACAGGCCCAGAAAACUUCUUCUGACAACCAGCAAAGUGUUGUUACUCAGCCUUCAACAGGCUUGGAUAGUGACAUUUAUUCUAAAGCAAGUCCCUAUGUUAACAUUACCGGACAUUUUGGGGAUGACUUGCCUCCCCCGCCUCCAGACCCUGAUUUAGACCUUCCACCACCACCACCACCACCUCCUUCUGAGCCACUGACCCAGGAAGAACGAGAGGCACAGGCUAAAGCUGACAAGAUUAAACUUGCAUUGAAGAAACUGAAGGAAGCCAAAGUUAAAAAGCUUGUUAUCAAGGUGCACAUGUACGAUAACAGCACAAAGUCACUAAUGGUGGAUGAGCGUCAGGUGACACGGGAUGUUUUAGACAAUCUCUUUGAGAAAACGCAUUGUGACUGCAACGUCGACUGGUGUCUGUAUGAAAUGUACCCAGAGCUGCAAAUUGAAAGGUUUUUUGAAGACCAUGAAAAUGUUGUUGAAGUGUUAUCAGACUGGACUCGAGACACUGAGAAUAAGAUUCUGUUUUUGGAAAAAAGUGAAAAAUAUGCUUUGUUUAAAAAUCCCCAGAAUUUCUACCUGGCAAACAAAGGGAAGAAUGAAAGCAAAGAAAUGAAUGAUAAAAACAAAGAGGCUUUACUGGAGGAAAGCUUCUGUGGGACAUCUGUCAUUGUGCCAGAGCUUGAAGGGGCCCUUUAUUUGAAAGAAGAUGGAAAAAAGUCCUGGAAGAGGCGUUAUUUUCUUCUACGAGCUUCUGGAAUUUAUUAUGUACCCAAAGGAAAAACCAAGACGUCACGGGAUCUGGCAUGCUUCCUCCAGUUUGAGAAUAUGAACGUUUAUUACGGUUCGCAACACAAAGUGAAAUACAAGGCACCUACAGAUUACUGCUUUGUCUUAAAGCACCCCCAGAUUCAAAAGGAGUCACAAUAUAUCAAGUACUUAUGCUGUGAUGAUCAAGCAACUCUGCAUCAGUGGGUAACAGGAAUAAGAAUUGCCAAGUAUGGCAAGACACUAUAUGAUAAUUACAAAUGUGCGGUGAAGAAAGCUGGCUUGUCCUCUUGGUGGGCAAAUCAAGGGACAGUGGAACCAGCUGCCCCUGCAGGAUCCUUAUCAGCAGGUGCUGUUCAGUCAAAUGGACAGAUUCCCCAAAUCGUUUGUCGUUCCAGUGCAGAAUUUCCAGAGACUCAGAAAAAAGUGGACACCUCAGAGGCUAAGUCAAAUAAUGUCAGUGCACCUGGCCUGGCACCGUCAUUGAUAAAGCCACAGAAAUACCAGAGUAAGAGGAAUUCACUGCAGCCUCCUCCCCCACCUGAAAGGCGAUCAUCUGCUAUUUCUGUUUCACCAGUUCUACCCUCCAAAGUCAAAAGAGACAGCGGUGUUUUCCUCACAGAUCCAGAUAGCUUUCCAGCACCGCCGCCUACAUUGAAGAAUGAUUUCCCACCACCACCAUCUGAUUUCUGUGAACCUCCUCCUGAUUUUGUGCCCCCUCCACCACCAGUCUUCAGCAGUGGUAAUGGAGACCUGCCAUUACCCCCUCCACCUCCGCCUCUCUCCAGUAAGCCACCACCUCCAACAAAGAAACCUGUGCCUCUUCCUUCAAAAAGGCUGGAAAACCCAGGACAGGCUGGAGAGCCACGGCCAGCUGGGCCCCCUGCGACUGGGGGUGGAGGCAGGCAAGCAGACUUCAUGUCUGACCUGAUGAAAGCUCUUGAGAAGAAAAGGGGCAGCAGCUCCUGAACUCUGGGAACAGGUGGACUUCAAGCCAUAGCUGGUUUUGUGAGGCAUGGAAGGUCAUGCUGGAUCAGGCUCCUCCAGGAGGAAUUCUC